UAAAUACGGUAAUUAUGUAUACUGAUCUUGUCUGAUAUGCUUACUGUCGCAUUACUUUCCUGUGUAGAGCUCUUCUCCAAGCCGGAAAUUGAGAUGAUCCCAGUUUCGGUCAGUGAAGGCAACCAAAUGAUCCUAAAAUGCAAUACAAUUGUAAUAAGAAACAACACUGAACUUCAAUUUGCAUUCUACAAGAAUAUACAGAAAAUUCAGGAAUUCAAUUCAUCUCAUCAGUAUGUAGUCUCAUCGGCUCAUCUGGAGGAUUCUGGGAAUUAUUACUGUGAAGUAAGAACUUUAACAAGAAAUGUGAAAAAGAAGAGUGAGGAGUUAAAUGUAGACAUACAAGGUAACACAGAGCUCUUCAUAAUUCUUAUUCCGCUGGCUCUAGGAAUGUUACUCCUCCUUGUUGCUAUCCUGGUGACCCUCUUCAUUUGCAGCAAACGCCGUUCAUCUGUAAAACCCCAAGAACCAACAACAGAAGGGUUUAACACUUUCGGUGAUUGUGAUGUUGAACCUGAGAUCACAUACUCCAUUCUUGCCAUGUUCCCUAUGUCACAAGAUGCUCCAGUGACGACAAAGGAAAACCAUGAAAAUAAUGUCGUUUACGCUGCGACGAAUCCCAAAUCAAGAAGACAACCUGCUGCUGACCCUGACUGCAUUUAUCAGAACAUCUAAUCCUGAAGAACUCUCCAGUGGGGUCCCAUAUAUUAAAGAUGAACUCUAGGCAUGGUUUGUGUUGCAUAGUUAUAUUAUUAUAUGUAAGUAUGCAUAUUCCAUAUUGGGAUCACUGUGGAAAUAGAGAAUCUCUUUAGCAGCUACCUCUAAUACAGUGAUUGCUGCGAUCUAUCUGCUUCACAGUAACCCCCGCUAUUCACAGAACACCUUGUAUUUUGGCAAUGAAAGCAUUCUCUUAGGGUCCAUGGGGACAGUGGUGGCCCGUCCUUGCAGGAUGCAGGGGUGCUGCCCCCCUAAUCCAUGUGCAUGGCCCCUAAUCUACA